CGCCCACCUCGCCCCCUUGGCCUCGCCUGCCGGCCCCGCCCGCUCCCCCUCAGCCCAGCCAGCAGACAAGAUGCAGCAAGCCUCGCUGCUCGGCCGAAUCACCUCCACUGAACUGCUGCCCCUCCUCCGACAGUAUGCCGCAGCCACGUCGGCCGCCGGCGUCGAAGCCUUCCACACCAGCAAGGGAGCCCAUGGCGUCAUCACGCUGAUCGGCGGGUCGACCAGCUUCGCCGGGGCACCCUUUUUCGCCGGGAUCUCCGCCCUUCGCUCGGGCGCGGACAUGGCCCAUGUCAUCACGGAGCGCAGCGCGGCCGCCGCCGUGAAGGUCCUCUCGCCCGAGCUCAUGGUGCAUCCCUACCUGCCCACCGGGGACCUGGAGGACCCGGACCACGAGGGCCAGGCGCCAGAGCUGUCCGCCAGCAAGAUCGCCGCCCUGGCGGCCAAAUGCGUCCGACGCUCCGAGCACUGGCUCCAAAGCAGCCACGCGUUGGUCAUCGGUCCGGGGCUUGGCCGGGCGCCGGUGUCGCUGGCCACGGCCGAUGCCUUCCUCCAGGCCGCCGCUGACCUGGACAUCCCGGUGGUCGUGGACGCGGAUGCGCUCGGGCUCUUUGCCGACCCCGAGCGCACGUCCAACCAGUGUCUGAUCCUCACGCCCAACCGCAAGGAGCUCCUUCGGCUGCUGGGCGACGCGGUGACGGAUGCCCUCCGGCCCGUGGUGACUGACGCCCGGCUGGUUGACCUGUCGAAUGCCGACAUCCAGGGCCUCUUCAGGGACCUCUCUCGGCGCUUCCCCCGGUCUCUGGUCGUGGCCAAGGGCCGUCAUGAUAUGAUCAUCCAGCUGACCGGCACCGAGCCGGAGGUUUUCUGGUGCAGCACCGGCCUCGGGUCGCCCAGACGCGUUGGCGGCCAGGGCGACCUGCUGGCAGGGGUGCUGGCGGCCCAUGCGGCCCGGCUGCACCUGGUGAACUCAAUCAACACGCCCCUGCUUCCGGCGGCCGCGGCAUUGGCGGUCGAGCUGUGUCGCGAUGCGGCGGCCGAGGCCUUCGCCAGCGCCGGGCGCGCCAUCGGCGUGCCGGACAUCCUCCCCCGCGUCGGGCCCUGCCAUGAUGCUCUCUUUGGCCAACUGGCCGAAAAGCAUUCCCGCUGACCGGCGCCGCCCGGUGCUUCGGCGGGGCCCGGCUCCCCUGGGGGGGGGGCCUCCUCGGGAGCCGGCCCCCGCAGGCGCAAAAGCGAGCGCCGGCCUACCAAUGACACGCAGAAGGCCCGAGAACAAUGGCCUGUGCUCGA